AUGGUACAGCAUUUAGACAACCCAUCGAAACAUGAUAAAAUGCUAAACAAUUGUCAUAUCAUUAUUAAAUCUGAUGAUUAUUUACACUGUUUUUGGCCUAAAUGUAAAUACAAGACAAAAUUGAGGGGUGACUUUAAUAGACAUCAUUCAACUCAUACAGGAGUUAAACAAUUUAAAUGUGAUUUAAAUAAUUGCAAUAAAGUUUUUAAUACAAUUAGUAAUUUAAAUCGUCAUAAGAAUAGAUUUCAUUUAAAUGUGAGAUUUAUUUGUAAUUUCAAUGAAUGCCACAAAAGUUUUACAUCAAAAUUUGCUUUAAAUCAACACAAAAGUUGUGUUCAUUUGAAUGAAAGGAAUUUCAAAUGUAAUGAAGAAAAUUGUGGCAAAAUAUUUAGCAGAAAAUUCUCACUCAUUCAACACAAACGCAUACAUUCGGGAGAAAAACCAUUUAAUUGUCAUUUUAAUGAUUGUCAAAAGAAAUUUUUGCACAAAAUCUGA